CUCUCUCUCUCUCUCUCUCUCUUACCACCUUGUCUUGCUAUAGUUGUCUUUAUAUAUUCAAGGGGACUUGGUCUUAUCCAUGGCUCCUAGCAUUAUAAAGAGAGCAUUUGGUGCCAUUGUAUCUGCCAUAGCUUACUACUGCUGUUACUUUCGCUUUCCAAACAAAACCACCCACAAAAGCAGCAGCAUCAACAUCAACUACUACAACCACCACAACAUGUCCAAGAAGGGUCGUCCACUUUCUUUGCAGACAGUGGAGCUCAAAGUCAGGAUGUGCUGCACCGGCUGCGAAAGGGUAGUAAAAAAUGCCAUCCACAAGCUUAGAGGGAUUGAUUCAGUGGAGGUGGACUUGGAGAUGGAGAAGGUGACGGUGGUGGGAUAUGUGGACCGAAACAAGGUGUUGAAGGCGGUGAGGAGGGCAGGAAAGAGGGCUGAAUUCUGGCCAUAUCCUAACCCACCGUUGUACUUCACAUCUGCCGAAAACUAUUUUAAGGACACAACCCAAGAGUUCAAAGAGAGUUAUAACUAUUACCGCCAUGGCUACAACAUCGGUCACCACCACGGGAAUAUUCCGGUCAAUCACCGAGGAGAUGAUAAGGUCAGCAACAUGUUCAACGACGACAACGUGAAUGCUUGCUGCCUCAUGUAAUAAUCCGAUUAGUCCCCGAUGAUCCCCUCAUAUUAUGCCCUGAUGUCGCCCGUGAAUAUAUAUGUUGAAUUGUAGGGUGGGAAUAUAUUCAAUGGAACAGUAAUAUAUAAAAGAAUGUUCAUUACUUUC